GGCGGCGGCGGAGGCCCCCGCUUACGUCUUUCCUAGGCGACCGGCGGCCGCCGCUGGCGGCGGCGCGGAGCGGCGGCAUGAGGCGGCCCAACCUUCUGCUGACCGGUACUCCGGGCGUCGGGAAAACCACACUCGGAAAAGAACUUGCGUCAAGAACAGGAAUGACCUAUAUUAAUGUGGGCGACAUGGCAAAAGAAGGAGAACUGUAUGAAGGUUUUGAUGAGGAAUACGAUUGUCCGAUUUUGGAUGAAGACAGGGUAAUCGAUGAACUGGAAGAUAAAAUGAGUGAGGGUGGAGUUAUUGUCGAUUAUCACGGCUGUGAUUUUUUCCCUGAACGGUGGUUUCAUAUAGUAUUUGUACUUCGUACGGAAAAUUCAUUUCUGUAUGACAGACUUGAAAGCAGGGGCUACAAAGGGAAAAAGCUGCAAGACAACCUUCAGUGUGAAAUUUUUCAGACACUUUAUGAGGAAGCUAUGUUGUCAUAUAGAGAGGAAAUUGUACACCAGUUACCCAGCAACACUCCAGAAGACCUAGAGAGAAAUUUGGAUCAGAUUAUGCAAUGGAUUGAGCAAUGGAUGAAGGACAACAAUUGACAUUUGGUGAAAAAGUAACUCUGCUGGAUCUCUUCCUGGGAGAGUUUAAUAAAUGACAUUCAUAAUUCUUGUAUGAUAAAUUAAAAUUAAUUUUAUUGUAACUUGAUAUGGUUGGGGACCAGAAGAAGGUUCAGAAUAACCAGGUUGUAGGCCUUUGGAACAGCCUCUGGAGCGCUCUGGGGGAGGCACACAGGAGAACUGACACAAGUGAAAAUCCAGCUGUGAAUGAAAGGAUGAAAAAGACUCGGUUGCCCUUAGUAGCAGGAACUAGGUUCAAUAACAGAAAUUUUUUGGAGCUUACGAUUCAAAUCAAACCUUCCCCCCACAAGAAAACUGUGAAAUCCUGAUAAGUGAUGGCAGUUGAGGAGCUUUUGAAUUCUAAAGGGUAAAACAGUGUCCUGCAAAUGAGUGAGUUUGUUUCUGAACUGUUAGACUAAAACCUGCUAUACUGCGCUGUAUUCUUGAAUGUGUGGAGGCUAAUGUAGCGUCAGGGGGUGUAUGAUAUAUUUUGAGGGGGGUGCUUUAUUUUGGAGGAAGAGAAGUGACUUGGUAAGAGGUAUUUUAAAAUAAUUAGAACUUCGAGAAUUACUUAUGGCAUAAGGAAACAUUGGCUAUAUUGGCACUGGUGUGGAAUAUUAAGCAGUAAGUUUUCUUUCUCCUUUUUCUCUCUGUAUUCUCCAUCACCCACCCCAAUCAUGGAACGUACUUAACACUGUAAGUUUAUCAAGGCAGUACAUCAUUUGGCAAGAUAACGAACCUGCAGCGAUCCAAACCAUGGUUACACUUCAAAUACUUCAAAUUCUGUUGUAAUUGCUUGUAAAGCCUGGGUCCUAGGAGAGCAUAGCUGUGCAAAGUAGAAAUAACUUUGCUUCACCAAAAAGGUGUCUUGUAAAGCCUUGUGAAAGAUUCUGUAGAAAGUGCUUGCCAAUGAACUUUUUAUAUACACGAGUUUGAAUAGUAAAACUAUUUGCUUGAAAA